ACAGGCUGCGGGGGAGGGCAAUGUCCCAGUCCCGUGCAGUUCCCAUGGUGCCGUUCUUGUCCCGUUGCAACAUGGCCCUGCGGAGGGUGCUGGCGCUGGCAGCAGCCCUGGGGCGCCGCAGCUGCUGCUCCAAGCCCUCGCUGCCCCCUGACUUCGUGGAGGCCCUGAGGACCGUGGUCGGGGCCCCCAAUGUCUCCACGGCCACAGCGGUGCGGGAGCAGCACGGCCACGAUGAGUCCAUGCACCCGUGUGCCCCCCCGGACGUGGUGGUGUGGCCGCAGGCAGUGGAGCAGGUGCAGGAGCUGGCAGCCCUCUGUCACCGCAGCCGUGUGCCCAUGGUGCCCUU